AUGGCCACAGAUAAGCCCGCAGUACUGAUUAUCGGCGGCCUGGGCUUCGUCGGCCGACACCUCGCACUCCAUAUUCAUAAAAAUAAUCUUGCUUCCGAGCUGCGGAUUGUAGACAAAUUGCUCCCACAACUAGCAUGGCUGGCCCCCGAAUUCGAGGAGGCAUGCUCCAAAGAACAGUUCGUGCAGGCUGAUGCCAGCCGCGAGCAAUCAUACCCCCGAAUGUUCGACCGCGCCGAUGGCAAACAAUUCGACUACGUAAUCAACUGCGCCGGCGACCUGCGCCUCUCGCAACCGGAAGAAGUAUACCAACUCCGCAACCACGCUAUGUCCAUGGGUCUCGCUAGGGAAGUCGCCAAACGCGGCAUCGCAGUUUACGUCCAAGCCUCGACCUCAUACAUCUACAAAAGUGGCUCCAAACCAGCCAAGGAAGACGACAAGAAAAAACCGUGGCAUUCACUCGCGAAAUGGCAACUGCAAGUUGAGGAAGAUUUGCCGUCUGUUGAAGGGCUGAAUUGGGCGUCGUUGAGGUUACCGCAUAUAUAUGGUCCAUAUGAUAGGGGUUAUACGGCCGUGGCUAUUGCGUUGGCGAGAACGCAUCAGUAUCUGCAGACGGGUUUCGAUCAAUUAGAGAGUAAGGAUUUGAAGUUUAAUACAUUGCAUGUCAAGGAUGCGGCGCGCGCAUUGUGGACGGCUGCUGUUUGGCGUGCGGGCCAGAAGGAGACGCCAACUGCUGGACCACACAUUUUCAACGUCGUUGAUCACACAGACACGACCCGCGACCAGAUCGGUGCCGCGCUCGCAGAGGUAUUCGGCCUCAAAGUCACGUUUGCGGGUACAUUCAUGUCGCAUUUGGCUCGGCUCCGAUUGAAUGAUAUCGUUGACGAAAUGAAUGAGGAUAUGCUGCAGGCAUGGGCCGAAAUGUUGGAGGACAAGGGCAUCACGAGACCUGGCCCCAUCAGUCCGUUUAUCGAGGUUGAUAUGCUUUCCGAUAAUGAUUUGUGUGUUGAUGGAUCGCUGUUCGAGGCUACCACAGGCUUUCAGCUGGAGUACCCCCUGUUUACUUCGGAUUCUAUAAGAGAGGUUAUAGCUUCGUAUGAAAGGAUGGGAUGGUGGCCUUGA